AUGGGUUGGGUACGCAAUGCCUCGCCUGAGGUUCAGGCUGCGUCGCAGUACCCUCUCAUACUUGGAGUAUGUCUGAGUCUCACCAUAUUAAUGGUUUUCACGGUCUCUAUGCGCCUUUUCCUUCGAGCGCGAGCUAGUCGAUGGGCGGCGGCAGACUAUGUGAUGGUUGUUAGUAUGAUCUUUAGUGUUAUAUACAGUGCGCUGUGUAUUUCUCAAAGUCGAUAUGGACUAGGAUUGCCAUUGAAGCUACGACCCGAAGCAAAUUACUCGACAUAUACCAAGAUCAAUUACGGAGGACGACCUAUUUACCAAGUUGGCAUCGCAGGGUUCAAAGCAUCGCUCUGUCUCAGCUACCUGCGGCUGAUCUCUGGAACCUCAAAGUCUCGUUAUCGUGUUGUAAUCUGGGUUGUGAUUGUAGCAUCUACAUUGGGUCAUUUUGCUGGUGCGCUUAGUCUAAUCUUCAAUUGCACACCGAUUCGACGAUCAUGGAACGCCCACAUCCCUGGAAAAUGUCUUCCCGUGGGAAGCCUCUUCUACGGGCUUGCAAUCUUCACCAUCAUCACGGACGUGACCAUCAUCGUGCUUCCUAUCCCAUUGCUAAUGGGUCUGAAUAUAAAAACCGCUCAAAAGGCUGGAGUUGUGUGCCUUUUCCUGCUGGGCCUCUUUACCACGAUUUGCUCCACAAUGCGUCUAACUCAAAUCCAACGCGUGGCAUUCGGAGACGGAAACUCGACGAUGCUUGUGCUGUGGGGAACGAUUGAGUUCAACGUGGGCAACAUUGUCACUUGCAUUCCAUAUCUGGCGCCUCUUCUCAAGGGCUUCGUCCAUGGACUUGGAUCGACUGGAAAAUCCAAGAAAUAUUAUGACAGUCGAGGCAGAAGCUACGCGAUGGAGAAUUGGUCGAAAGAUAGCUCUCACCUGCAGUCUGGAUCCCGCGUUAUAAAGCCCAAACGAACACCGAGCGAGGAACUUAUAUUGAGCAGUCCCGAGCCUGAGCAUGGGUGUAUUGAGAUGACUAUAGAGUAUAGAGUUUCGUUGGAAGGCAGGUCAACCAAGUAG